AUGAAGACCUCUUCGAGACCGAGAGAACUUGGUGGGAGUUUUGUACCUAGAAAUGAUGCCCGGAUCUCAAUCUCCGACCCGAAUCAUCACAUAACUGAGGCUAUUGGAGACAUGUAUGGGGAUGAUGAUUACUCAAAACGCGAUUCAAGACCUCUUAGCUUUAUCCCUCCCUCUUCCAAUGAGCCUUUUGAAGAUACAACAAAUUCAUUUUACGACACGAAUAAUAGCAUUAGGCCGGGGCCGGCACCUUUAACAAAUGGAAAUCACAAAGCGCAUACAUCACCAGCAAUUAUGCAGAGUCCCAGGAGUCCCACAUUUGGGGAUGGAAAUCCUAUAUCACCAUCUUUGUCCUUACGUGACCCUAAUGCAGGAGGUGCAGCAAAUGCGGAGUUUCCGCUGAGCGAUAUCGACUAUGAAUCCGGCCCAGCUGCUGUCGCACAGGAACUCAGUAAUUUACAAGCGUUACGUCGAAUGUCGAUGGAUGUGGGCAAUACCAGUGAUCCGGAUCUGCCAUCAUUCCAAGGUGGAUCUUUAAUGCCUACAGCAGCCCCAACAGGGAAUGACGACGAGGACGAUCCAUCGCGACUCUUCUGGGUGCCUGCUAGAGUUCACCCUGAGCUUGCACCCAUGGAAUUCAAAACGUUUCUGGAAAACCGCGUUCAAUCAAUUAAACGACGAUCUGGAGAUCAGACUUCAUUGGCACCUAACGGCACUGAACAAAGUGGAUCUGGCGUUGGAUUGAGGAGGAAGAAAUCGAUGCUGUCGAGGCAGAUUGAUAAUUCGGGUGGUCGAGGAGCUGUAGGGUAUAAAGAUGGAGCGGAACAACUGGAGAGGAAUAAGUCUGUAUCAUCACAUCAUACACCUGAUUUAAGGAUUUCGGAUCUUCAGGAACUGGAUGAACUGGUCAGGGAUCCUUCAGCAGCAAUGCAGAAAUUGAGUAUCGAGACUGGAAGCGAUGGCGAAGAUUUACCUAUUUUACCACAAGCACCGGGAAUUGGCCUGAGGAGGUCUACGCGCACUACCUAUAGGAGGGGAAGCGUGAGAAAAGGAGAGCGGGUACCAUUCUCAAAGAGAGCAGGCUCAAAUCGAGGUGAUGCUGAUGGAGAAGAUUCUUCAGCGGCUUCGCCGAUUGAUGGGCGUCCAUCUGCAAGCUCCCCUCUUACACCUACCCAAUCGGAACCCUUGAGUAACACGGAUAAUUUUUCUAGACCCAACAGGAGUGCACGACGUAUGCAGAACAUAGAACAAGCCCCGCCGGUUCCCUCGAUCCCGGAUAAUAUUGCCAAACAGUUGUCUACACAAUCUGAUUCUCCAGCCUCUGUUUCAGCUGCAGAACUAACGCCCGACCCAGGCCAACGGCCGUCCCAGCCUAGCCAUGAUGAUUCUCGAUCAAGAAGCACUAGCCACCCUCAAAAUGAUUCUCCAGUCCCACGUAUAGUAGAGACCCCGCCUCUACCAGAAGAAAGUUCACAACCACAGGCAGGCAAACAACCUAUCCAGUUUCCUGAAAGAACAUCUUCACAGACCAGUCAAGCAUCACAAAAGCAAUCAAAUCCUCAAGCUCUUCCUCAAGCAGCUCCAAAGCCCAAUCCAGAACCUCCAGCAAAAUCCACCAAGCGUCCGGCAUUGGAGCAUCAAGCUUCCUCCGGUGGUGCAGCCCUGCCAAAAGCAGCAACGGCAAAUGACAUGCAUCAACAGCAGCAACCUUCUCCAGCUCCAGUGAGUACACUGAGGACUGAUGCACCCACUCACCUUUCAGCCGUGGACGAUAAGAAAUCCGAGAAGAAAUCGAAAAAGGAAAGAGAGGAAGAAAACUCUGGGCCUCGAAAGACCAGCUGGGGCUGGUUCAAAGGGAGUGACGAAAAGGAUAAGAAGGAUAAGAAAAAAGAUGAGAAGAGUAGGUCGAAGGUUUCAUUAGACAAAACGCACGACAAUGCUCGUUUGGAUGUUUUGCAAUCCACCAUGGAGACAACUACGAGGGGCCGCGAGAGCUUCUUAGUCGAAAGAGAUAAUGUUGAUAACAAACUCGAAAAUGAUCGAAAGAAAGAAGGCAGCCGUAAAGCUGGUGCGGAGCCUAAAAAGGAAAAGGACGGCAUCUUUUCAUCACUUUUUGGUGGUGGAAAGAAGAAGGCCGAUCGUGAUCCAGGUAGUAAAAAGGAUAGCUCCCUCCGCACUCUUUCACCCGAACCUCAGCACCGCGUGUUAAAGCCAGAUAUUGACUAUAACUGGACAAGAUUUUCAAUAAUGGAAGAAAGGGCAAUCUAUCGCAUGGCUCACAUCAAGCUGGCGAAUCCUAAACGGGCAUUAUACAGUCAGGUUCUGCUUAGUAAUUUCAUGUAUUCAUACUUGGCCAAGGUUCAGCAGAUGCAUCCACAUAUGCAAAUACCACAGUCCGCGCAGCAGAAGAAGGCAGAGGCAGAAAGGAAGCAAAAGGAGCAAGAACAGCAGUAUCGAGAGCAACAAGAACAGUUGAGACAGCAGCAGCAGCAGCAACAGCAGCAGCAAGAGAGCGGGGAUCAAUAUCGAUAUGAUUACCAUCAGGGCAUUACCCAAUAUGCUGAACAGUCUCAAAACCCAAAUCAUUCUGCUGAGGGUGUUAAUUAUGUCGAUGACUCUCAAAUAUAUGAUUACGAUCAUCAAGGAAAUGAGCCAGGGCAGGAUCAUAAUCGUCCACAGUCCCGCACCGGCCAGAACAACAGUGAGAAUGGUUAUAAUAACGAUCAAAAAUACUACGAUUAUGGGCGAACACAAUCACAUGAUCAAGCGACCGAGGAGGGCGAGAUGUGGUAG